AUGCAGGCGGAUGCUUCGUCUUCCUUGGCUGCCACCCUGCACAAUACUCAGGGCGACGAGCUAAAAAUGGAGUCAAUAUCGGGUUCUGGUCGUAUUGCUUCACCACUGCCGCCGCCACUACUGCCUUUCGAAUCGAGCAGACCCGAGGCAAGAAGUUACCCCGAGAGCGGCAGCGGUAGAAAAGUGCGCAACAAAACGGCCGCCGGCGAGCUGUCACGACCGACUGAACUCGAUGCCAAUGCUAUGGAGAGUGCUUUGCUGCGAGAGCUUCAGCGCCCGCGCCGAGAAAGCACACCGGGAAGUAGCCCGCAUAGAAAAAGACAGAGAAUAAACGGAGACCGGUUCAUUCCGACUCGUUCUGGACAAGACCUGCAAGCUAGCUUCAGCCUUUUGCAUGAAGAUGGUUCUCCAGCUACUCCGUCGAAACAGAAAAAGCGAACCCCCCACGGGGAACUUCAUUUUCAAAAGACCGAGGAAGCAAACCGCACUUUCUCAACACUCCUUCGUGCCGAGCUCUUCGCGAAUUCAGUGCCUCAGACAGCUCCACCCGUCCAUUCACCCGAAAACAUAACGAGGACUUCGUCCGUAGCACAACCCAUUGACGGAACAAGAGCCCACACCCCUCCAAGCAACAGCCUCGCCACAUCUCUCCCCUCAUCACUGACGCCGUCAACACCCCACAAGAAUCUUUUCUCGUACAUGUCUCCGCGGCAUCAUGGCCAUGCUGCAGGACACCCGACCCCUUCUAAAACACCUCAAAGCCGGCAUGGUCCGAACCUAGAUACCAGAGCGGAAAUAUAUAGUCUAUCACCAGUUCGGUUUGGAAGCCAGCAGAUGCUUCUCAGUCCCCGCCGGCAGCCUCGAGCUGUGAGCAAGGUGCCAUACAAGGUACUCGAUGCUCCUGAAUUGGCCGAUGACUUUUAUCUGAAUCUGGUGGAUUGGGGCAGUGCUAACGUCCUGGGAGUCGGUCUCGGGUCAAGUGUGUAUAUGUGGAACGCUCAAACAAGCAAGGUGAACAAGUUGUGCACCUUGGAAGAUGAUACUGUUACGAGUGUCUCCUGGAUACAAAAAGGUACACAUCUCGCCAUUGGCACAGGUAAAGGUCUAGUGCAGAUCUGGGAUGCUGAAAAGACGAGGAGACUGAGAACAAUGACCGGUCAUACUGCCCGGGUAGGGUCUUUGGCCUGGAACACUCAUAUCCUUACUUCGGGAUCUCGCGACAGGUUAAUAUACCACAGAGACGUCCGAGCUCCCGACCAGUGGCUAAGGAAACUAGUGGGCCAUAAACAAGAAGUUUGUGGGCUGAAAUGGAACUGUGAGGAUGGUCAGCUUGCGAGCGGAGGCAACGAUAACAAACUGAUGGUGUGGGACAAACUAUCGGAGUCGCCCUUGUGGAAGUUCUCGGAUCACACCGCAGCUGUCAAAGCUAUCUCCUGGUCCCCCCAUCAGCGUGGGCUUCUUGCUUCGGGCGGAGGUACUGCAGACAGGAGAAUUAUUUUCCACGAUACAGUGAAAGGAACCGUCGUCAAUGAAAUCGACACUGGCAGCCAAGUUUGCAACAUUGCCUGGUCAAAGAAUUCCAAUGAGAUCGUAUCUACACACGGAUACAGCCAAAAUCAGAUUGUGGUCUGGAAAUACCCAUCAAUGACACAAGUUGCCAGCCUUACUGGUCAUACAUAUCGUGUCCUAUAUCUGGCAAUGAGCCCAGAUGGUCGUGUUAUAGUUACCGGCGCUGGUGACGAGACAUUGAGGUUUUGGUCCGUCUUUGGUCGUCGUCCCGGAGCGAGAGAAGAGGGAGAAACAGGUGGUGGCAAGCUCACAGACUGGGGCAUCAUCAGAUGA